CGCCCAUAUUCACUUUUCAAAGAGAAUGACAUAGGAAACCCCUGAGAAAAGGCUACCAAGGGUCUAGAGUUUACCGUUAGUGAUCUCAUCAUAGCUACAUAGUAUCUGAACGCCCAGCUAACGACCAUUUCCCCAAACUCUUCCUAAGCAAGAAACUUUAUUGAGCUCUUCAAUCCCAAAAUCUCUCAUCAGAACCCCUUCUAUCAUACUUUUCAUAUCUAGACUAUGUCUUUCACACCCCGCAUCAUCCGGAAUGUUGCCAUUGGAACAGGCUGCGUCGGAGCGUUCUUUUACCUUGCACCAGCCAACAUUUUCCGCACAACUGCCGUCAAGAGGAUAGAGGACAGAUGGUCAUCAGGAGGAGGAGCGAGGACACAUACACCAGCCACGGGGACAAAGCGCGGCGACCCGAACGAUGAAACACCACGGCACCAAGAUCCCAAGGGUGUUGAUACGGAGUAUUUCAAGGAGAAUUUCUUGAGUCAGAGGAAGAAGGGCGAUGGCGUUUGGCCCGAGAAAUUCUACGAAUCCCACUACAACAACCCGAAGGGAAAAUGAGCAUGACCGUCUAUCUCCUUCCUCGACUCAGAUUUUCGAUAUCUUUUUCCGCAAAAAGCUUCGUUGCGAUGCGUUGAUCGGCAUUAUUAGACUUAAUAUAUGAAUGAAUCAAAUUCACAUAUCAACGCUCAUACGGGGGUUCACCAUUACGAAACUGUAUGAUAUAUUUACGGAGCAACUUCGAUCGCGCUGGGAGCCGAUUUCAGAAUCAGAGCGUCCGUGAUGUGACUCGCUUCCACAUUCCUCAGCUAGCGAG